AUGUUAUUAAAAACGAGUUUUGCCAGAGGACGCUGACAUCAUAGCAGACGAUCAUCCGAUAGUACGUCAUCGAUGGCGGACCAAUGGUAGAAGAAAUUGGCGCUGGCAGAAUGUUCGUCUGCUGAGAAAUAUUGUCAAGAUGACAGUUGUAGAAAACGGUUCGUCUCUAGGCGUUAGUGAGGAAAUAAACGAUUGCAAAGUGGUAGUGACGUUAUUGAAUGGUAAAAAACACGAAGAAUAUAACAAAAUAAGAAAAAGUAAAACUAGAAUCAAAUAUCGGAGUUGGGUUAUUGUAUUUGCAGCUUUUGUUUCGUUUUCCAUCAAAGCUGGAUUGCUUUAUACUUUUAGUAUAUAUUAUGUUCAAUUUCUGUUAACUUUUCAAGAAUCUAGGUCUCAUACUGCUUGGAUCGGUUCAUUGUUCACCUGUCUUUUGCAGUUAACAGGGCCAUUUUCUGGCUUAAUGAUAAAAGCCUUUGGAUGUAGAAUCACUAUCAUGUUAGGUGGAUUAGGAACUGCAUUUGGAUAUAUUAUUAGUUCAUUUGCUAUCAAUGUUAAUUAUUUACUUUUCUCACUUGGAAUAUUAACAGCAAUCUUUUUAAAUUUUGUCUACACUGGAUUUGCAAUUGCACUUGCUGUACAUUGUAAGAAGUUUCAUAGUUUGGCAACAGGAAUAGCAUUUUCAGGAAUUGGAUUUGGUAUUUUUGUAUUCUCACCUCUUCUAGAACUUGCAGUAGAUUAUUAUGGAUGGAGGGGAUCCAUGUUUAUUCAAGCAGGUAUGGCUCUUAACUUCUGUGUCUGUGGUGCUUUUGUUUCAAGCAAAGAACUACCAAACUAUAGGGAAACCUAUGUAUCACAAAAUCAAAAAGAUAUGACUACAAAGAAUUUUAAGAAUAACAAUGUGAAUAAAGGAAAUGUCAGUUUUAAUGGACAUUCUAAAUAUUCUAAAUUUAUAUCAUUUUUUACAGAUUGUACAUUUAUAUGCUUUAUUUUAUCAAACUCUAUAUGGGUUAUGGGUACUUCUACAAUAUUUGUGACUUAUAAAGAUUUAGCAAAUCUUUUUGGCUAUGGUGAUAAAUUUUCUAUAAUAAUAUCAUCGAUGGGAAUUGCAGAUAUAAUUGGAAGACUUACUGUAGGAGUUGUCUUGUCCAAAUGCAAAAACUAUGUGAUUACAUAUUCAGCAAUAAUACUCUUUUUUUCUGGCUUGGCAUUGUGUCUUCACAUUACUAUUUCAUCUUUUGAAAUGUUUCUUGGACUUGCUAUUAUGUUUUCUUUUUUCUAUGCUAAACAGUGUGUUAUUUGUGUUGUGGCUCCAGCUACAAUGUAUGGGGCUGAAAACCUUACAUUAACUUUUGGAGUUCUUUUAUUUUUUGGUGGUUGUACAACAUUAUUUGGUCCACCUCUAGGAGGAUGGCUUAUUGAUAUGACACAAGAUCGUUCAGCAAUUCUGUGGUUCACAAGUUCAACAAAUUUUAUUGCUGCUGUUUUGAUGAGUUUUGUCAUACUACUGCAAAAGAAACAGAAUAAUAAUGAUAUAUGUGAAAUGUUAUAGUAUUAUUUCAUAUAUAUAUUGUUCAUAUAUGAUAUAUAUAUAUAUCAAUGAUAUGAUAUGAUAGAAGAAGUAACAAUAUAUUCCCUUUUAAAAUUUUAUAUUAAAAUAUUAAAAUAAAGUCUUCAAAAUGAAGAUUAUAUUUCACUAACCAAAAGUUAGUAUGGCUAUGAUGAUAUGGAAUGUUUUAUAUGAUGAUGAUGAUAACUUUUUAUUACAUUGGUAGAUAUUAUCAUCAUAUAAAAUAUGUUAAAAUCACAAUUUUGUUUACUUAUCUGCUGUUCAAUCCUAUUAGGAAAUUAUAUUUUGUCUACAUAUUUUUUUUAUGCAUUAAAAUUGAAGUAACAUUUUUAAGUAUGAACCUAAGGAUAGACAAUUUUUAAAUAUAAAGAUCAGUAUAUAGACUAUCCUUUAUUGAACAGAUCAGUUUUAAAUUAGUGAAAAUGAGAAUUAUAAAUUAGUAAGUCAUUGCUGAGUAUUCAAAUAAAGUUUCAUAUAUGUAAUAAAUUAAGAGAAUUUAACUAAUUAGUCUUGUGUUUCAAAGUGGCAUAUGAAGAAUUAUCAAUAUUUAUAACAUCAUUCAAAUUCAUAAAGAAAUAAAAUUACAUCAAGAUUAUUUGGAACAGUUAUCUAUUUUCAAAAAGGUGAUUUUAUAAAAAUAUCCACAACAGCUUUCAAAUUUAUGGGAUAAUUUAUUCAAAAGUGAAUAUUUAUUAAUUUGAAUACUCCCUAGAAUUUUAGUUAAUUAUAGUCAUUUAUUGGAUUAAUAUUCAAUGUUUCAAAAAAUUGCAUUAUAAUUGAAAUUAAUUGUACUAUAUUGAUUAUUUAUGAUUUCUUUAUUUAAUAAAUGAAG